CCUACAAUCCCCUCCCCCUUCUCUGUCCACUCAGGCUGGGAAAACGAAACUAAGAGAGAACAAAACACCAACCGAGAUCAGGAAAUACUUCUUCAUAUCACAGAGAGGAGAGCAACUCUGCACAGGGUAAGGGGGAGAGAUGAUCUGCAGAUCUGUAGACAGAUUCUAUAGAGAAGCGUGGAUGAUUUCCACAGAUAACAAUGGAUUACAUGACCGUAUCUGUGGAUGACUGGACGGAGGACCAUGUUCGAUCGUGGCUCCACUCCAUACGAAUAAAGCCUGUGCAUAUUGAUAAGUUAUAUGAUGAAGAAGUAACCGGACCAGUUCUAAAAGAAAUCAAAGAUGACUUUCUUAAAACAAUUGGAAUGAAGCAAGGGCAGAUUCAGCUGCUAAUCCAAAAGAGAAAUGAGCUUAUAAAAGAUCAAAAACGAAGCAAAGAUGACUCGGGGGCUGGAAAUAAUACAUCCAGUUCACCACCCUUGAAUGUCCCCGGCAGGGUAAAAGACUCAGAUGAUGUUCAGCACUCAGGUAAAACCAACGCUGAAGCUGCUUCCACAGAAGUUCAAAGUGCCACCCAACCAGAAGCAGUCCAAUCUUCUACUGAUGAUGAACUUGUACAACCCAUGCAAUCCUUGACACUGGGGAACCAGACACUGGCUGAGAAUCCACCAAAUCCAUCCAAACCGGACAAGAAGAAAUGCAUACAACAAUCAGAACCUAUAACCAUGGCUAUUUUCCGACCAUUUGAUAAACAAGUUGAAGGUUUCAAAUACCUUAAAAACCAGGUUCUUCCACCAGAAACAGGAGUCGAUGAUCUCAUUACACCUUGUCAUGAAUACAAGUCACUUGUUAUUGCAGCAAAGUUGGAUCGAGUCAGACUACAGGCAAAAUUUGCCUACGAAGUUCUCCGAUUUGCUUGUGCCUGCAUGAACAUGCGUACGAAUGGCACAAUACAUUUUGGUGUGAUGGACAGUGUAGAAGACAAGACUUACAAACAUGGGCAAAUAGCUGGCAUUCCUGUAAAAGACCCAGACUGGUACAUUGAUGCCUUGGAUUGUAUCGAGAAGUGUUUCCCUAAAGUAACAAGUGAUGCAGCAAGAUAUUGCAUUCGCCCUCCAAAAUUUAUUGAGGUUGUCGAUAGAGGCUCAAACGAACAGAAAUUUGUAGUGGAAGUUGACAUUGUGCCUGAAACAAAGAAGGUAAAAGGAAAAGUGUUUGAGGUGACUUUGCCAAAAUUCAAUGAAAAAUCCAAUAAAACGAUUCAGGAAAAGAAAGCGAUGUACCAAAGGAUUGGUGCCAAGUCUGAACCUGUGGCAGACGAUGAUAAGGUCGCCUUUAUUCAGGGACUCAGAAAUGUCGAUGAAAUUAGAGAGAGAGCAGAACUGAAUGUGAGCGGUGACACAUCGAUAACAGAAGAUUUAGGGAGAAAACUAUCAGUUCUGUUGACUGAUGGGAAAAAAUACCUCAACGAGUCUCUCAGAUACAUACUAGUCACCAAUCAAUGCAGUGAGGCUCUCCUACCUCACAUCACAUUUCUGACACGUUUAAAAAUUUUGUGUGUUUUUGACUUUGACCCAAAUUCUGACAGCAAUGGACUAUGUGCUAAAUAUAAGGAGCACCACGCCAUAAACAUCCAUUCCUUAAAGAGCUAUUCCAAUGAAAGUGGGGUGAGCACAAGUGACCUCAAGAAAAAUCUCUCCCUCUUCAAUCAAACCAGCUGGAUAUUUUGUAAUGGAAGAAGCAACUACAGGGGGGAAGAUGAGGCCUGUGACGAAAACACUUGGAUUACAACAAAGAGGAAACUUCUAAAAAAAGCUGUUUCUUUUUUAUGUGAUGAAAUUCUUCCAAAGGGAUACUUUAUUGUCAUCUUCUUGUUGUUUUCCCCCGUAGAAAAGCCCAUUGUAAAUACAUUUCAUGAAUUCUACACAGAAUUAAAUGGGAUGGAGUAUGUACUAUGCAUUUCAGAAAGCAAAGACAAUUACAAGAUGUGGACCAGCCAGGCACAGGCUUCUUGUACAAUGGAGAUUCUAGAGCAGAGAAGCAUUGUGGGCAUGAAGCUAAGUCAUGUUGAUGCAACAGUCCAAAGCCUUCUACCUUCAUCAUCUUCUCCUAGACAGUUAUGUGUUUCUACAAAGGGAGUGUGUAUCCUUGCCAGACCAGAUGAAGAGAAGAUGCAUUCAUUGGAGGUGCUGUGUGAAAACCAAUGUGACAGUACAGGGCUGCAGGACCUGACCAAGGAGGAAAUCGAUGAAAUCGAGACUACCUUCUAUCGAGGCGGAAAAGUCUGCUGGAAUCACCUCUGGCUUGCAGAAAAAAAUCUCUGUGAAAACUUUAUUGAAAGAGAAGCUUGUAAGGAAGUUGAAACCUUAUUAAAUAAUAUUGGCAAUCCUGUAAGACUUCCUGUUGCCCGGAUAAAAAUUGUUCACCAACCAGGCAGUGGUGGCAGCACGGUUGCACGGCAAAUUCUUUGGAAAAAACGUAAAGAAUUGCGAUGUGCUGUAGUGAAGUCAUCAUUUCCAGUAAUGACUGUAUGUGAACAUGCUGUCAAUUUAAGACAAUAUGAUGAAAAGGAUAUGAACCAAUGUCUCCCCGUCCUCCUCCUCAUUGAAGACUGCGAUGAUGAGUACAUUGAUGACUUGAGGGAUGAACUAAUGAAAGCAAUGACAUCUAUGAAAAUUCUCUCCCUGAAACCAUGCUUUAUUCUACUCAGUUGUAAAAGAGAUAAUGCCCCUGAAAAUCUUCUAAGGUUUUCAAUGCACGAAACUGUCGCCAUCACCCACAAACUGAGCGAAGAAGAAAAGAUGAAAUUCGCAACGAAAGUUGAAAAGCUUCAGAAGCAAUUCUCACCAGAAUCCAUCAUCAUAUUUAUUUUAAUGAGCCAAGAAUUUGUUAAAGAAUAUGUGGAAAACUUUGUACAUAACAUCAUGCUUAAUGUUGACCACUCUUCAAAUGUGACACGUCUAAUGCGUUAUGUAGCUUUGUUAAAUUGCUACAUUCAAAAUUCCUACAUAUCCUUUUCGCACUGCGAGGCCUUCCUAGGCCUUGAACCAUAUACAACACAAUCAAGUCCAUUGAGGAAAUUCAACUUCAACAGUUGCUUAAAUGAACAAGCAAGGCUAAUAUUCAUUGAACAAGUGGAUCUCGUUACUUCCAUUAACUGCAUUCAUAUCAUACAUUUUCGAGUUGCGGAGGAAAUCUUAAAACAGCUUCCUGAAUAUCCACAAAGUCAAAUAGCCAUGGACCUCCUUCAGGAAAAUGUCCUGUUCAAGCACAGAUUUGGCAGAGAUGAAUUUCUUGGAUUUGUUAGGGACUUGCUUUUCCGGCGGCGUAAAAUAAGUAGAGGUGACGGUGUGGACUCGUAUUUGUCCCCUCUUAUUGAACAUGUUUGUAACGUUGAAAAACAACAAGAGAAAGCCGUGAAACUUCUGGAAGCGGCCUACGAACGGUUUGAUAAAGAUCCCUUUCUAGCACAGCAGCUUGCAAGGUUGCAUUACAAGUAUGAGAAAUUUGAAGAGGCCAAACAUUGGGCUGAAACCGCUAGAUCUCAGCUUCCGAAAGAUUCAUUUAUUCUGGACACAGAAGGCCAAGUGUAUAAAAAGUGGUUUUUUUCUUUAUUAGAUAAGAAAAAUAAUGCUGAACCUCUACAUAACACUAAACCUUUAGAUAGUGCUGAACCUAUAGAUAAAGUAGCAGACUACCUAGAAUAUGCAAUAAAAGCUAUGCAGUGUUUUCAGGCAGCUCAAAAAGCCGCAAAAGCAGAAAUGGACACGAUGAACAAUGCUGGAUAUUUCGGAGAAGUGGAAGUCGGAUGCCGUUUGCUGCACCUGUUAUCGACAAUUGAAAUCUUUCCAAAAGACCAAAAAGGUGAGAGCUGCGAACUCGUACAUUAUCUCUUGACGGAUUAUAUUCCAGAGCCCAUCAAGAAACCAUGGUCCAAAUAUCACAGCCAUUUAAAAGGCCUGCACAGAAACCUUUACAAUGCUCUAGACUGGAUAGCUGAAGAAUUGAAUUACUUUCAGACUGAUAAAAUUGAUGGAGGGCAACAUAACAGCGAAGUGAAAGAAAGGGAAGUGGAAGAAAGGGUGUUCACCCCUCGAAAAUGGCUGAUGAGGAAAAUAGAAGCAUUUGCCAAGUUUUUUAGUUACCAGCUAUCGCCGUCUGAAACCGAUACAGAAAAUUCAAUCAACAAACUACUUCAAAAGAUGAACAUUUACAGACUGGGAGGUGGAAGCACUACAACAAUCCUUUCCAUACUAUCCGAUAACAAGGAUAAUAGGUCGAAAGGUAAACUUUCUGAAAUUGUAGAUCUGUACAAGAAAUGCAUAGAAAAUGAAAUACUGGAUGAUAUUGAUUUAAUCAACUACAUUAUGAGUCAUAUAGCUUUGGGUUGUGUAGACCCAAGUUCUCCUAAACUUCUCUCGUUUCCGGAGUUAAGGCAACUGAGCAAGAAAUUUCAAACACAGAGGAAGUCUUUUCCGCCAAGUGCCUAUCUGCUGCUGUUGCUGCUCUACUGGCCUGAUGAGAUCAUCGAUAGAGAGCCAGAUGAUAAAAAGGAUGGCAUCCUAAACUAUGCUCUUCAGUCUGUCCGGAGACUACAUGGAAUCAGGAUCAAAAAUGUCUCCGUUCGGAAGAAAAGAAGCAAUGUACUAUUUUUCUUGGGACAAGGCUUUGGUCUUCAGAAAUUUCUGCACCGUAGCACUGUAGAAAAACACAUGGAAGGACCGGUAAAUGAAUGGAGAUUAAAGUGGGAUGAUGGAGAGGUGGGAAAGUUAGAAAGUGUGCAGAGACUGCUUAAAACUGUGCCGGGAUUUGCUGAAAAUGGGAGGAUUUACGCCAAAGGACACUGCAAAAAAGAAAGAUUUGAAAUUAUUCCCAUAAACUAUUCUUCUGUACCCAGCGGAAAUGAAAAUGUAACCUUCUACCUCGGCUUUACAUAUACAGGAUUAGUCGCAUACAAUAUAAAAGUGCAGUAGCCCAGCUUGACUAUAAAGCCUCGUACACACGACCGGUUUUCUCGGCAAAAAACAGCAAGAAAACUGCUUCUUCCUGAGAAAACCG